GAAGUGCGCUGCUUUCUGCGAUGGAAACACCUUCUUUGGUGUCGAAUACUCUCGCGAGUGCUGGUGUGGUAACUCGUUUGCCGCUGGCUCAGUCGCUGCUCCGUCUAGCCAGUGCUCCAUGAAGUGCAUGGGCAACCAGUUCCAGUACUGCGGAGAGGGCAAUCGCCUUUCUGUCUACACCAUUGGAAGCGCAACUCAGUCUUCGUCCUCAUCCUCGUCAGCUUCAUCUUCAACUGUCAGUGGCUCGGUGACUGGUGCCGCCUCAUCUACCAGCUCUACAGCAGCUCCCGCUGCCACUGGGUUCCCCACUGGCUGGACUAACCAGGGCUGCUGGGUCGACAACCUGAACGGCCGCAUCCUUCCCAACCAGCUUCAAGAUGACCCGGCAAUGACCCUCGCUUCAUGCGCCAAGGCCUGCUCCGAUGCCGGUUACACUGUCGCUGGUGCCGAGUACCACACUCAGUGCUUCUGCGGUAAUGCCAUCUACAACGGCGGUGCUGUCGCAUCUGACCCGACAUCCUGUAACACUGCCUGUGGAGGUAAGGCCUCCGAAAUGUGCGGUGGCGGUAAUCGUAUGACCAUCAUCUCCAAGGGCACUCCUCAGACAUACGCUCCUCCCGUUCCUCAAAGAAGCGGCUUCAACGGAAGCUGGACCUACCAGGGCUGUGUUCAGGACAAUGUCGGAGCUCAGCCUAACCCGCGCACCUUCUACUGGCAGAACCUGUUCCCUGGUACCAUGACGGCCGGUAUGUGCUUAGACAGGUGCGCCGAGUACGGAUACAUGGCAGCCGGACUCGAGUAUGGUGAAGAGUGCUACUGUGGUGACCCUGCCAACAUCGUCACCCAGAAGGCCGCCUUUGUCGACGACUCUGAGUGCAACAUUGUUUGCCCUGGAAACCGCAGCUCCAUCUGCGGUGGUGGUGCUCGCCUCUCGACCUACUUCUGGACUGGCACUACGCCUCUCUACUCAUGGAACUUCGGUACCGAUGCUGCCAGUGCCGGUGUCUACGAGAACCUCAUUGGCGGUGUGACCAUUCCCCUGAUGACGAUGGAGACCAUCACCGGUAAGGUUUCCUUCCUCGAGAAGUUCGGCACUGGCCCGCCCAACUCUACCGGCGCUUACGAGCUCGACCUUUCCCUCGUCCCGGAUAUCAGCAAAGCCUGGAGAGAGAUGCACGUCAAGACCGACAUCUUCUGCUCUGCCGGCAUCACCCUUCCUGACAAGGCUGGUCGCCAGCUCAACAUUGGUGGAUGGUCUGGUGAUUCUACCUACGGCGUCCGCCUGUACUGGCCCGAUGGCAAGCCCGGAACCCCUGGCACCAAUGACUGGCAGGAGGACGUUACCAACCUCCGCCUGCAGGAUGGCCGCUGGUAUCCCUCUGCCAUGAUCAUGGCCAAUGGUUCCAUCUUCGUCAUCGGUGGUGAGGAGGGAUCCAACGGCCGCGCUGUGCCCACCAUCGAGCUUCUGCCCAGCACUGGUACUAAGCCCUUGUACAUGGAUUGGCUCGCGCGCACUGAUCCCAACAACCUGUAUCCCUUCGUUGCCGUUCUCCCCAGUCAGGACAUCUUCGUCGCGUACUGGAACGAGGCUAGAAUCCUUGACCACGUCACCUUCAACACCAAGACGAUUCUCCCCAACAUCCCCGGUGCUGUCAACAACCCCAAGGGCGGUCGCACGUAUCCUCUUGAGGGAACUGGUGUUCUUCUUCCCCAGCACGCUCCCUACACCGACCCGCUUGGCGUUCUCAUCUGCGGUGGUUCUACCGAGGGUCCUGCUACUGCCAUGGACAACUGCGUUUCCAUUGAGCCCGAAGGCACCAACCCUAAGUGGGUGAUUGAGCGUAUGCCCUCGCGUCGUGUCAUGUCCUGCAUUGCCCCCCUUCCUGAUGGAACUUACCUCAUCAACAACGGUGCUCAGCACGGUGUUGCUGGGUUCGGUCUCGCCAACGACCCCAACCUCAAUGCUCUUCUGUACGACCCCUCGAAGAAGAUCGGCCAGCGCAUCACAGUCAUGGCCAACACCACCAUUGCCCGCCUUUAUCACUCCGAGUCCAUCACUCUUCUUGACGGUCGCGUUCUCGUCAGUGGUUCUGACCCCGAAGAUGGUGUCAACCCCCAGGAGUACCGUGUCGAGGUCUUCAAGCCUCCUUACCUCACCUCCGGCAAGACUCGCCCUACCUUCACCAUCGCUAACACGGACUGGACCUACGGCCAGCAGAUCUCUGUCAGCCUCGGUCACGCUCCCGUUAACGGCGACAUCACGGUCUCCCUCCUCGGUGCUGUGGGAUCGACGCACGGUAACUCAAUGGGUGCUCGCACUCUCUUCCCCGCCGUCACCUGCGGGCCUACCACCUGCACCGUCACAGCACCUCCCAACGCCGGUAUCGCCCCUCCGGGCUGGUACCAGUUCUUCGUUCUCGACGGCGGCAUUCCCGCUGUCGGUGUCUAUGUCCGCAUCGGCGGCGACCCCGCCAGUCUGGGCAACUGGCCCCAAGUCUCCGGCUUCAAGGUGCCUGGUGUCUAGAAACCAGAAUCUUUCCAACAUUUAAAGCGUCAUUUAUUUCCAACUAGACUUGAGCUUUGUGUCCCAGGAGCUCUUUUCAUUUUACCUGACCACUUUCACAAGCGAUAUCCCACACUUUCUCUUCUUCUCGGGCAUCUUCUCUCUUUUAGACCUAGGGAUAAAAAACACAUGUCUGAUUACACACAGACACACACAGUCACUAUGGCGAAAUAUGAUUUGGGAGUUUAUUUUUCGUUAUUCAAAGGGAAUACAGAUACUCAUAACGAUGUCCAUCAAGGACUUGGGUAAAUCUCCUACAACGACGAGGC